GACAGGUCCAGUAUCAAUGGAUCAAAAGGUAGAGGACAAAGGGCAAAACGAAGAAGGCAAAGAGUACACUCAACUCGCAACAUACAAUCGAAGACUAAAUACAAAAGCUUAAUGACAGACAACUUGACACCUCUGCAUACUUGUCAUCAUUAUGUAUGUUUUUUAUGUGUUAAUGUAACAAGUUUAAUUUACAGGUGAGCAGCAUAUCUAAUAUCUGUUUUUUUUACAUGUUUGUAAAUACCUUUAUUGCCAAAAAAGACUUCUUUAUUAAAACCAUGUUUUUGUAUUGUGGAUGCAGCCGUUUCAAAUAAUGUGCACAAAUUUUCAACAUUUUCAAAGUCCAAAAAUAUGCAUUAGUUCUUAUUAUCUAAAAAGCACGAAUACUGCAGUUUUGCUGAGUCAUGUAGUCUGGUUUGCAUUUUAGAGAUCUGAAUUAGGGUGGAUGUUAUUGGCAGCAUGUGAUUGGUAGGCCUCCCUACCUCCCACUCCCAGUAAAACAUCUGGAAACACUCUCUGCUGUUAUUCAGUAACUCAGUCAGCUUGAGUGGAGAACCACAGCCAAACAAAAGAAAAUGUCCUAUAUAAAAGUAGAUAAAGAUUCGGAUUUCUCCUUCCACAAUCUCCCUUAUGGAAUAUUCUCCACACCUGAUAACCCCAAACAUCGCAUAGGUGUUGCUAUUGGAGACCAGAUACUGGACCUCAGUGAAAUAAAGUCAUUUUUUCAAGGGCCUGUGAUGUCCAGAUGUCAAGAUGUCUUUAACCAGCCCACGCUGAAUGCUUUCAUGGCUCUUGGAUAUGAAGCCUGGAGAGAGGCUAGGAGGACCUUGCAGGUGUUACUAUCAACCAAAGAGAGCACCCUGAGAGAUGAUGUGAGCCUUCAGAGCAGAGCGUUUGUUCAUCAUAGUGCAGCCACCAUGCACCUUCCUGCAGAUAUUGGGUGCUACAAUGCUGGGUUUGCUUCACGGCUCCUGGUAAAGAAAGGAUUUGUUCCUACAGUCUGUCAUUCACUCGCUGUAGAGGGCACAUCCCAGUUACCCAGGAACAAGAAGGCUGUCAAAAAGAAAUCACUGCAGACUGUUGGUGAUUACACUGACUUCUACUCCUCUAAAGAUCACGCUACAAAUGUUGGCGUCAUGUUCCGGGGGAAGGAGAAUGCUCUGAUGCCAAACUGGUUGAGUCUUCCAGUUGGAUACCAUGGCAGAGCAUCGUCAGUAGUUGUUUCUGGGACCCCUAUCCGCCGCCCCUCAGGCCAGAUGAGACCUGACCCAAUAGUUGUGGUUCCCCCCCCCCCACACUCUUUCUCCCUCUCUGUCCUCACCUACAGGUAUUAUUGGACUCAAAGUUUGGUGACUGUGAUGGGCAGCUGCGGAUCCAACCAUCCUGCCUGCAUCCAGUCCCUGGUCCUACCAUCCUGCCUGUGCUCUGUUGUUGCUUGUUGUUGCUUGUUGCUGUUGCUGUGCUUUUCUAUCUCUCUAUCAUCUCACCCCAACCGGUCGAGGCAGAUGGCCGCCCACAUCCAGUCUGGUUCUGCUGGAGGUUUCUUCCUCGUUAGAGAGGGAGUUUUUCCUCUCCACUGUUGGUGUCAAAUUAAAUGCUUGCUGUAUGUGGGAUUUGUUGGGUUUAGUUUUAGUGUGAGGUUUUAAACCUUACUUUGUAAAGUGCCUUGAAAUAACUUUGUUGUGAUUUGGCGCUAUAUAUAUAUAAAAUUGAAUUGUAUUGAAUUGAAUAACUUUGGUCAAAAUAAAUUAGCAUUUUGUUCAUUUAUGGUUGUAAUGUGUUCUUUUUGUUUUUCUUCUUUUUUGUGUGGUACCCCGCGAGUCAGGGGAUUGUGUCAGGGAGUGUCAAUGAGCAGUGCUUUGUGUGGUGUGUGAAAAGUAAAUGGUGCUUCCUUUCUACAAAGGGAGUGCACCAACAGGUGCUGUUAAUUUGUCUUUUAUUACCUGCGCAGGCUAAUCUUAGCAGUAGAAACAUGAAUGAUAUUAAAGUACAGAAUUUAAAUGGGCAUGCAGUUAAUUAGACUUGCUUGCAAGAAAGAUUUCUAAAAACAAUUUAAUGUAUGUUAUAAACAAAAAAGUCUUCACCUCGGCCAAAUGUGCAUAGUUCAUUAAACAAUGAAAAUGCGUAAUUGACUCUAACUUUUUUUAUUUUAGCAAAAUUACAAGCUGAAGAGCGUUUUGUGAUUAAAAACAUUAAAACAUAAAAAUUUUGUAAUUAAACGCAAAGAUUAGUCUCUUAUGUCAACAAGAAGAGCUUCAUCAAAAAAUUGUUCAUCAUUAAGGGUCACUCCUAUUAACACCACGUUCUGUUAUGGUGCAUUACCCACAAUGCUUUGUGCUAUAAAUUUGCAUAUAUUUUUGAAUGCUGUAAUGUUGACUUAAUUCCUAAAAAACACCCCCUCAACUAUUUGACAGACCAGGUUGUUUAAAAAAGCUUAAUGUCUACACCUACUCUUAUGGGGAAUCAACAAUGCAAGAACUUAUAAAUAAUAUUCCUAGAGCUGUUGUGAGCAUUAGGAGUUUCACUUGUAAGUCAAAGUGCUACUGAGCUCAAUCCCUUAUCUGCUGCAGCUGCGCCGUCGUCAUAGAACAGGCAGGAACGUCCACUGCUCAGCACAAAGAGCUGGAGUGAGGCUGAUUUCCACCCCAGGUUAACAGGCUUGUUACACCAAAACCAUAAAGAUUAUCACAAAAAUAACUUCACUUUAUGAAUCCCAAGGCUUCAAUGAGCACCUGCUGUGCGUUUUAUGCUUGAGGAAUGAAAAUUGUGGCCACAGUCGCGAUUUAAAAAUGCCUGUCCCUCUGUGAUUUUACCCAGACAUCAGAGAGUAUUUUCCAUUGGAGUGAAUGGGAGGAUUUCUGGAACUCUCUGUGCUUUGACGCAGAUACAGACUAUAGUUUUAAUGGCUUAGCCAUGCACAUCGGUGGUAUGAAGAGAAGUAUGACUACAAACGAGUGAAGAAAAUACGUUGAUAUAGUGAAUGGAAAUGGCUAAUGGAAAAGCUGAGAAUUCCUUAAAAAACACCCUAUGCUUAAACUGCUAUAACUCAGAAUCUGCUAAAGAUAUCAAGAAGCUAAACAAGACAUUAAUAGUUGAAUAGUUGAACAUUGUUUUGUAGUUUAAAUGGUGUCUGUAGCUUAAAGUGUGUUGAAGUAGUUAAAGCUGAAAGGAGACAAAGUUGAAGAGGAUUUGAAAUCAUUCUUCCAUUCAUUUCAAUGGGGAAAAAAAGUUGAAAAAAGCUUAAUAACUCGAAAAAUAUGAAACAUACGAAUGUGAAAAAUAAUAGCACACUUCUCCGUAAAAAGCUGAACAUUUUGAUAUUGGAAAGGUUUCUGUAGCUCAAAAGAUGCGGGAGUAGUUAGAUUCGGUAAAACGUACGGAAGAACAAAUAUAAUAAUAAUAAUAAUAAUAAAGAUUACAGUGAAUGCUGGAAGCAUUCACUGUAAUCUGUAAUCUCAUGCUGGAAGCAUUCACUGUGACUAGAUAAAGCAUUUCCAUAAGAAAAUGCACAGUGAAUGCUUCCAAGCUGAAAAUAUUCCUAAGGAGUUGCUGAAAGUAGCUGAAACAUUUAAAACAGAUGAAAAUAGCAAAAUCAUAUAUAUAUUGCAUGAAAGUAUUAAGAAUAUAUGCAAAACAGAUUUUUAGAUAUAUACAGCUAUGCAUUAAAUUCCUCAGCCGCUUCCAGCUGUUUUCAGUGGUUAAGCUACUUUCAGCAAUUCUUCAGCAAUACAUUCAGCAUGGAAGCAUUCACUGUGCAUUUCCUUUGGAAAUGCUUUAUCUAGUUGUUUUUUUUUCGUACGUUUUUCCGCACCUAACUACCCCCCGCAUCCUUUAAGCUACAGAAACCAUUCCAAUAUCAAAAUGUUCAGCUUUUUAAGAAGAAGUCUGCUAUUACUUUUUCAUUCAUAUGUUUCAUAUUUUUCAAGUAAUUAAGCUUUUUUCAACGUUUUUUGUCCCAUUAAAAUGAAUGGAGAAGUGUUUUAAUGCAUUGUGGGUAAUGCACCAUAACAGAACAUUGCAAUGAAUAAUGAACAAAUAUUGGAUUAGGCUCUUCAUAUUGACAUAAGAGAGUAACCUUUAUAUUUAAAUAUAAUAUUUUUUAAUUUAAUUUGUUUUUAUUAAAUUAUGUUUUUAAUCACAAUGAUUUUCGGCUUUGUCCUUCCGCUUAUAUAGUAAUAAAAGCAUUAUUGCAUUGAAUUCUAUUAAACUAUGCACAUUUGGCUCAGGGUAACACUAUACAAGACUACAGCAAUAUUCAAAUAAAAAAAAUAAUGUAAGAGUCUCUCUUGUCAGGCAAGAACCAGGGCCAAAUGACGACCGUCCAGUAACACCUGUAUAUUAAACCAUUCUUGUCACAAUUAAACAAAUCAGACUUUACAGUCAAGGAGAGACUCAACAAUAGCCUCUCUUUGUAAGCCCCCUUUGUAUAAAGUAAACCACAUUUGUUUUUCACACACCAAACAAAUCAGUGCUUGUUAAUGGUCAUUCCCACUCACAAUCCCCUCACUCACGGUGUACCACACGAAAAAGAACAAAAACAAAAAAAAAACACAUUACAACCAUAAAUGAACGAGAUACUAAAUUAAUUUGACCAAAGUUAUAAAAUUUUUUGAAUCCUAACUUUAAACUAUAAGACUACAAACAAAAGAAAGGUUGUUUUACCCAUAAGCCUUAGCGGCUCAGGGCGGGACUAACUGCUGUGAGCCAGUACAAUAUGUUAAAAUUGAAAUUGAUUGAUGCAUGAUAUUGUAUCAAAAUAUUCUCAUUUGCUUUAGGUUUAGCGUUUUGGCACUGUUGUAAAUUUCAGGUGAUUGUUUAAUAAAAUAAACACGAUAAAAUGA